AAGGAGAAGGAGAAGGAGAAGGGGGUCGUCUGUCUGUCUGUUGCGAGAGUCAGUCUUCUCUUCUUGUAUAGGCUUAUUAAUCCCAUCACUGCUGCCCGCCUGCCCACAAGAAAAACAACCCCACCCCCGCCGGCCAAUUUGCUGAGCUGUCCCUCACCCACUGCUGCCUUUACUACUGUCAUCACAUCCUCUCUCUCUCUCUCUCUCUCUCUCUCUCUCUCUCUUUCUCUAUCUCUAACCUAAAAACUCUCUCUCUCUCUCUCUCUCUCUCUCUUUCUUUCCACGAAGAUACCUCACUCGGAAACAUGCCCGCGUGGUGGAAGGGAAAGUCGAGGGCGAAAACCAAGGCGGCGGCGGCGGCGGAGCCGUCGUCUCCGGCGGGGGCGGGGGAGGGGGAGGGGGAGAAGGGGAAGGGGAAGGGGAAGGCGAAGAGCUUCGACGAGGCCGUGGCGGGGCGGAAUAGGAGGGGACGGGAGCCGCCGCGGAGCUUCAGCGGAGGGUGCGAGCAGCGGCCGACGCAGGCGCACCCGCUCCCCCGCCCCGCGUCCGUCUCCUCGCCGCUCCCGGCCGCCGCGCACCACGAGCACGGCGGCGGCGGCGGCGGCGGCGGCGGGGGGUCCGCGUCGGGCUCGGGCUCGGCUUCGGCUUCGGCUUCAAGCAUCAGCUCCUCGGGGUCCUCGGAUGAUACCCCCGAUCUCGGGAUCUAUAGAUAUCCCGAACCCAUCAGCUUUCCGAGGGCAAGAAAUGCGGCUUUCGAUACAUCGAGACAUCAUCAUGUGUCAGAAGACCGGCCUAGAUGCUCCAAUAUCUCUUUGUCGCCGCGAAAAGACUUUCAUUUAAAUGGUUAUGACCCUCCUAUGAGCGGGGCGGCAUAUUCGCGUGGACGAACUUCUACAGAGAUACUGUACAAUACAAAAACUACCAGCACUUCCACUGGCUCAAGAGCUUAUACACUUCCUACGUCUCUUGGGAAUUCAAAAGCAUUCAGUCUGAGCCCAAUGGACUCACCAACUAGGAGGCAGGAUGGUAUGCGGAGCCCGCCUCAUCCCCUACCGCUUCCUCCGAGCUCUCCUUCGAGCUCUUGUUCAAGCUCCCUUCAGUCGAGGUGGAAGAAAGGAAAGUUAUUAGGUAGCGGAACAUUUGGCCAUGUUUACCUCGGAUUCAACAGCGAGAGUGGGCAUAUGUGUGCAAUUAAAGAGGUCAAAGUUAUCUCUGAUGAUUCAAAUUCAAAAGAAAGCCUCAAGCAACUAAGCCAGGAAAUAUCUUUGCUCAGUCAGCUGUCCCACCCAAACAUCGUGCAGUACUAUGGCAGUGAACUGGCUGAUGACACACUGUCAGUUUAUCUCGAGUUUGUCUCCGGGGGUUCAAUUCACAAAUUACUUCAACAGUAUGGUCCUUUCGCCGAACCUGUCAUUCGUAGCUAUACUGCUCAAAUUCUUUCUGGGCUAGCGUACUUACAUGGGAGGAGUACUGUUCAUAGGGAUAUCAAAGGGGCAAAUAUACUUGUGGAUCCUAAUGGAGAAAUCAAGCUUGCCGACUUUGGAAUGGCCAAGCAUAUAUCGUCUUACACUUCAAUACGAUCUUUCAAGGGAAGCCCGUACUGGAUGGCACCUGAGGUUAUCAUGAAUAGCAAUGGAUACAAUCUAUCAGUGGAUAUAUGGAGCCUUGGUUGUACAAUUCUGGAGAUGGCCACCUCGAAACCUCCUUGGUGUCAAUAUGAAGGGGUAGCUGCGAUAUUCAAAAUCGGAAAUAGCAAAGAUAUACCUGAAAUCCCUGAUCAUAUUUCAGCUGAAGGGAAGCAUUUUCUCAAGCUUUGCUUGCAGCGGGAUCCAGCAGCUCGUCCAACAGCUGUUCAGUUGAUGGAUCACCCUUUUGUUCGAGACCAAUCGGCAAUAAAAUCUGCAAAAGUUAACAGGACAAUGGAUAUUUCCCCUUCUUCCUUUGAUGGAAGCUAUAUGAAGUUGCAGGCGGUUACGGGGUUCUCCACCAAGAGAAGUAUUACUCCUUUACGCGAAAGAGACGUGAGGACGAUAGAUGUUGCCGGAUUUCCUUCUGCAUUUCCUUCAUCUUACAAGUAUUCUAGUGACCCAACCGGCGCGAGAAUGAAUAUGUCUCUACCCGUAUCCCCUUGCUCGAGCCCGCUACGGCAGUUCAAGCAGUCGAACCGGAGUUGCCUUCCGUCCCCCCCUCAUCCAGCGUAUUCGGCGGGAGCAAUCAGCUACAGCCCCGUCAAUUACUCGCUCUACCCCAUGAAAACGCGUAACGUUGUCGCCGAUCCCUGGCUCGAAAUGUCGCAACUAAAAGUCCAAAGCCCAUACGGCUCUCCAAGGAGAGCAUAGAAAUGGGAAUCACCUGGUUUCGAGGCAUUAUUCGCAAGAUAAAAACUCCUCAAACCUCAGAUAUGUUCUCUCAUUUUCGCAAUUAUGCAUGCGCAACAUAGUUGUAAGUUUGUAUUUUUCUCCUUUUGUAUAGGUUACAAAAAGUAUAUCUGUGUUAUGAAUGGAGGGGGCUAAUUUUUUUUUUUUUUAAUCCCCAGUAUUUAUAGAAUUAUUAUAGGUUGUUUUACUACUCCUUUUUAGUACAUCAGUGUUGUAUAUUUUUAUAUCAGGAGCUCAUUGUUGGAAAGAGAGCUCAGAUGUAAAAUUGUUAUAGGUUUACAAUGUUAAAAAAGAGUUUUUGUCUCCUA